CACAGGCCAUAUUGACCAAUCAAAUCACGCCUAGCCUCCCACCUGUCUUUUCAACACUUGAAGCUCCAACUCCCAAGGAUUUUAAACUUCCCACGCCAAGGCCACUCGACACCAACUGCGCGACCCCAAUCUCUCGGCACCAUAUCCCCGAACCCUCCGAACGCCUCUUCUGAUCCUCGAUGAGUAGCAGUGACGGCGGCGGCGGCGGCGUAGCUGUCCGCGGCGCGUCACUCCUCAUCCUCCUCCAGGUGACCUCCCGCGCCAUCACCUUUGUCGCAAACCAGGUUCUCCUACGGUAUCUCACAGCCUCCCUGCUCGGCGUGUCGGCUCAGCUGGAGGCCUACCAUCUCUCCGUACUCUUCUUCGCGCGCGAGAGCCUCCGCGUCGCCAUCCAGCGGCAGCAAGGCGCCGAUCCCACCGGCUCCGGCUCCGGCUCCGGCCCCGCGACCCAGGCCCUCGUCAACGCCGCGUACGUGCCCGUCCUCCUCGGCAGCAUCGCCGCACCCCUGCUUGGCUGGCUGUACCUGUCCUCCUCCUCCUCAUCCUCCUCGGCGACGACCCCGGGUCUAGCGUUGUCGACGUGCAUCUUCGCCCUCGCCGCCGUCGCCGAGCUGCUGACCGAGCCGGCCUUCGCGGUCGCGCAGCGCCGGCAGCGGUUUGCUGUGCGGGCCCGCGCUGAGGCUGCCGGCGCGUUUGCCCGCUGCGCCGUCACCCUGGCGGCGGCCGUGGUCGCGUCGCGGCGCGGUCUUGAUGUCGGGGUCCUGCCCUUCGCGCUGGGGCAGGCGGGGUACGCGGCCGCGCUGAUGGCCGUGUACGGCUGGUACGGUGCCGGGCUGGCUAGGGAGGAGGGGAAAGGGGAGGAGGGGUUCUCGCUGCUGCCGGCGAGGAUCGUCGGUGCUGCUGCUUCUGGGGAGGAGCUGAAGAGGCGAGACGGCAGUGGCGGCGGAGGCGGCGACUACGUGUUGUCGUAUUUCUACCGUCCGACGCUGCAGCUAGCGUCCAGCAUGAUGUUGCAGAGCCUUGUCAAGCACGUUCUGACCCAGGGCGACACCUUUCUUGUCAGCGUCCUCUCCACGCCCACGGCACAGGGCGUCUACGCGCUGGCCAACAACUACGGCGGCCUCGUCGCCCGUCUCGUGCUCCAGCCCAUCGAGGAGAGCAGCCGGACCUACUUCAGCCGGGUCCUCGCCAGCACCGCCGACAACACCUCCGACGAGACCCGUGUCGUCGUCGUCGUCGCCGCCGCCCCCGAGAGGAAAGCCGUGGUCCGCGCUCGGGCGGAUCUGCAGUCGCUCCUCCGGGUCUACCUCCUCCUGUCGCUCGUCGUCACGGCGCUGGGACCGGCCGCAGCGCCGCGCCUGCUGUCGCUCGUGGCGGGAUCCCACUGGGUCGGCUCGGGCGCCGGGUCGUGCCUCUCGACCUACGUCUGGUACAUCCCGCUCCUAGCGGUCAACGGCGUCAGCGAGGCCUUCGUCGCGUCCGUGGCCACCGAGGCCGAGGUCCACAGGCAGUCGGCGUGGAUGACGGCCUUCUCCCUCGUCUUCGCCGGCGCCGGAUUCGUCUCCCUGCGCGUCCUGGAUCUCGGCGCCGUCGGGCUCGUCUGGGCUAAUGGCAUCAACAUGACGUGCAGGAUCGUCUGGUGCGCUGCCUUCAUCGCCCGGUACUUUGGCAGGCUCGGGGAACCUUUCGAUAUCCAAGGGAUUCUACCAGGGCCGUGGGGGGUCUUGGCUAGCGUCGUCACAUCCCAGGUCAUCCGCACAGUCGUCGGGGCUGUCGGUCAAGAGCCAGUAGGCCCCAAGGAGACGCUGGUGAGCCUGGUUAAGAUCGCGGGCAUCGCAGUCCCAUACUUGGGGGUAUUAGCUCUCUCCGAACGCAAAUUCCUCCUCGACAGUUUCCAGACCAUCCGAGGCCACCGACGAGCCAAGUCGUGAACAAAGCGCCACGAUCUUCUUUCUACCCGUCAAUGAUGGCGGCUCCGUAUGUCAUAGCCACCUCAAUCAAACGUGAUCUUCGUGCCCUUCUUGCUCAUGUCGAUAUCCUUGUAGAAGGCACCAUAAGUGUCGUGGGCCUUCUUCCUCACCGUCGUGCCGAACUUGAGCAGCUCAUCCGGCACAUGCUGGUUUGCGGCCUUGAGGAUGUUGAUCA